UCUCUUCCUCCUCCCAUGUCCGAUCAUUGCGUAAUUCCGCCUCUGAAGUUGGACAGAGCUCGAUCGAUCAGCAGCUCAUCUUAGUUCGAGUUAGUUAGUCGUAGAGAGAGAGAGAGAGAGAGAGAGAGAAAAUGUUGGGAGUGUUCAGCAGCUCGAUCAUGUCGCCGCCGGACGAGCUGGUGGCGGCAGGCUGCCGGACGCCGUCGCCGAAGACGACGUCGGCGGAGCUCAUGCGGCGGUUCCUCCAGUCUAACGCCUCGGGCGUGUCGGUGCAGAUCGGGGACCACGCGCAGCUGGCCUACACCCACCACAACGAAUCCCUGCUGCAGCCCAGAUCGUUCGCCGUCAAAGAUGAAAUUUUCUGCUUGUUCGAGGGAGUGCUGGACAACCUGGGCAGUCUCAGGCAACAAUACGGGCUUGCCAAGUCCGCGAACGAGGUGGUCCUCGUCAUCGAAGCAUACAAGGCGCUUCGUGACCGAGCUCCGUACCCUCCCAACCAUGUGGUUGGCCACCUGAGCGGGAAUUUCGCUUUCAUUGUCUUCGACAAGUCCACCUCCACUCUGUUCGUGGCUUCUGAUCAAUAUGGCAAAGUUCCUCUCUAUUGGGGAAUCACCGCCGAUGGGUACGUCGCGUUUGCGAAUGACGCAGAGCUGCUCAAAGGUGCUUGUGGCAAGUCACUUGCAUCAUUUCCUCAAGGAUGCUUCUUCUCCACCGCAGUUGGGGAAAUAAGAUGCUAUGAGAAUCCCAAGAAUAAGAUCACUGCAGUUCCUGCAAAUGAAGAGGAGAUCUGGGGAGCAACAUUCAAGGUGGAAGGGCCAGCAGUUCUUGCAGCCAGAGAAUGAGAUGAAACUUGGGUGUCUCUUGUGAUGUUGAUGUCUUGAAGAUGUGAACCCAUCUGAGGAAAGGAGAGAGAGAGAGCGACAUGUUCGUGUGGCUUUCGGUGGUUCAUAAGAGAAGCCCAAACAGAGUAGAUGGUUGUGGAGAGAUGUGAACUUGGUCACUUGGAGGGAGUUGCAACUGUUGUAAACUUGUAAUCCUUUGUAGCUUAGAUCUGAGUUGUUCCUCUUUUCAGCUGUUGCUCAUUGGAUUUUAUGUCUUGACCAGUGUACAGGCUACGGCUAUGGCUGUACUUCGUGUCUAAUAAAAAGCUUGGUUGAAA